AUGUUUGCUUCUCUGCCGCCAUUAUCCAUUAACACAGAACAUGGCGACACAAUGAAGUCAGCAGAAGCUGUAUCGUCUCCUCCAGUCAAACCACUGCUUGAUGAGCCGCGCGUCACCGCCGCCAUAGACACUGGGUAUAACACUGAGUAUAGCUAUCUAUACAGUGUUAGCUGUCUGAGUGAAGAUCAAGUCUGGACAUGCGGGGAUAACGAAACCAUGAAGCUGCUCAACCUCCAGAGUAAACUACUGACAUCAAUACAAACCAAGUCAGGGAACGAACCAGAGGACAUAGCAGUGACACGGGACGGAGAUCUUGUUUAUACUGACUAUCAUGAUAACACUAUAAACUUAAUUAAGAAUAAACAGAUACAGACCGUGAUCACACUACAGGGGUGGAGACCUCUCCGUGUCUGCUGUACCGCGGGUAACGACCUCCUGGUUACCAUGGACAGUGAUGAUGAAACACAAUCCAAAGUCGUGCGUUACUCCGGCUCCACACAGAAACAAAGCAUUCAGUUUGAUGAUCAGGGUCGUCCUCUCUACUCAUCUGAUUAUAACACUAAAUACCUCAGUGAGAACAAGAACCUGGAUAUCUGUGUGACUGACUAUACAGCUAGUGCAGUAGUGGUGGUCAAUCAGUCAGGAAAACUCCGAUUUAGAUACACUGGUCAUCCCUCUAAUACCUGGCAAUCAUUUAAACCACGCGGCAUCACUACAGACAGCCAGAGUCACAUCCUGACAGCAGACAGUCACAAUGACCGUAUCCACAUCCUAGAUCAGGACGGACAGUUCCUCCGUUACAUUCACUGUGGUUUAGAGUUUCCUCACGGUUUAUGUGUGGACAUCAGAGACAACCUCUUUGUGGCUGAGUAUGUCACUGCUAAAGUGAAGAAAAUCCAAUAUCUAUAAAAUGUUAAUUACACAGCUCUACAGUGUUAAUUACAUCUACCAACACAGUGUUAAUUACACAUCUCUACACAGUGUUAAUUACACAGCUCAAUAUACUGUAAUUUACAGAACUGUGUUAAUUCCUUCUACUUGUUAAUUACAGCCCUGUGUUAAUUACAUCCCCUUGUUAAUUACAGCCCUGUGUACAUUACAGUCCUCUGUUUGUGAUGUGUAACAUGUACUGGUGUUUGUGAGUUUAACAGAACAUUAUUUUGUUUGUGAAUUCAUUCAAUAUGUGUUUGAUUUUACAAUGUAUAUAUUAGAUAAACAUGAUACAGAG